GGGCCGUUAAGAAAGGGGACCAUGAUCUCUGGGGAUCAUCAUUUCUCGAUGGAUUGGAGCGAAAUGUUACCCAGGCACUAUUUAUCAAUUUCUGUACAAACAUUAAAAAAAUUCAUGACUUUCCGUUAAGGUUUUACAAAUUUACAGGGACCCAGUUACAGGCCGCGAAAAAAUGUGAAAACAAAAAAAUCCCACAUCUCCCACUUCUCACAUCUGGGGACCAAAACGCCGCUAAAACGAGGGACUUUGGAAACAAAAGCAAUGUCUCGACUGAAAGAUGUUUCUAUGAAGGUUUUAAUGGAACAAGUUUGAAGAAAAACGGCGUACUGUGAGACUCGCAGUCAUUGAUUUUCCAAAGACAGGGUAGAUUUGAAAUUCAAAUUAACGGUUUUGCGGGGCGUUUUGGUUUCGAUACGUCCCG